UGUGUUUAAAAUUGUCCAAAAUGGCUGAGACAGAAACCGAUAAUAACAGUAUUGUUCGUCCCGAGAAAAAUAAUAAGGGCAUAGUGACAAAUAAUGGCCCACGUCGCGUAACCAUUUAUAAAACUGACACAGGUUUUGGUUUUAAUGUUCGCGGUCAAGUUUCCGAGGGUGGGCAGUUAAGAUCGAUCAAUGGUGAAUUGUAUGCUCCUCUGCAGCACGUUAGUGCUGUCCUGGAGCAGGGUGCUGCUGAACAAGCUGGUAUAUGCAAAGGGGAUAGGAUCCUCGAAGUCAAUGGGGUGAACGUCGAAGGCGCGACCCACAAACAAGUGGUGGACCUGAUCAAAUCUGGAGGGGAUUGUCUAACUUUAACAGUCAUAUCUGUGACGCCCAAGGAGGCAGAACGUUUAGAGCCAUGCGACGAUGGUUCAGCACCGGUGGGAGUUAUAGGUGGGGCGGCGAACUCACGAGCGACGGUCUACCAACGAUACGAUUACACGGACAAGCGGUCACUACCCGUCUCUAUUCCCGACUACCGGAUAGUGAUGGAACGGAAUACGGGCAGGUCGUACGUGGCCUUCAACGUUCACAUGGCCGGAAGACAUUUGUGCAGCCGACGUUAUAGGGAAUUUGCUGCUCUACACCAGCUCUUGAGGAAAGAAUUUCUUGGUUUCAAUUUUCCAAAAUUACCUGGAAAAUGGCCUUUUACUUUAAGCGAGCAGCAGCUCGAUUCAAGGAGAAGAGGUCUCGAACAAUAUUUAGAAAAGGUUUGUGCGGUUCGAGUGAUAGCAGAGUCGGAUGCUGUACAAGAAUUCCUCACAGAUUCAGACGAUUCAUCUAAUCCAUCUCCGGUCGACCUGAAAGUCUUACUGCCUGAUAAAGAAGUAGUGACGGUGUCCGUACUGAAGUCGACGAACGCCGACGACGUAUACCGUGCUGUUUGCGAAAAGAUUGGAUUGUCUAAGUCGGUGCAAAAGUACUUCUAUCUAUUUGAAAUUGUGGAGUAUAAUUUUGAACGCAAGUUACAGCCGAACGAGUGUCCCCACUCUCUAUAUAUCCAGAACUACUCGACGGCGUCCAGCAGCUGUCUGUCCAUACGCAAAUGGCUCUUCAACCCCGAGAGAGAGAUAUCGGUGGUGAAGGAGGAUGAAAAGGCAGCGACCUUUAUAUUCUGGCAGGCGGUGGAGGACGUGAACCGCGGCGUGUGCGCGGCGGGCGCGCGCCUGUACCAGCUGAAGGCGCUGCAGGACGUGCGGCGCGCGGCCGACUACCUGGCGCUGGCGCGUGCCCUCCCCGGCUACGGGGGCGUGGCCUUCCCGCCCGCGCGCACCGACUGCCGCGCCACGCCCGCCCUCGCGCUCACCGUCGGUUGGACCGGCCUGAAGCUGUCCGCGUGGUGCGAGGGCGACGCCCCGUGCGGCGGCGCGUGCGUGAGCGUGCCGUGGAGCGACGUGCGCGAGUGGCGCGCGGACGACGAGGCGGCGGCGGCGCGCCUGCUGUACCGCCGCCGCGACCGGCCGCCGCGCGCGCUGGCGCUCUACACGCCCUACUAUCAAUUUCUCUGCAACUGCAUGGAUAGAAUAGCGGAGGAGGCGAACUGGGUCGACACCGGCGAGUAAAGUUCCGGAACAUUCUAGAACGUAAGAUAACCAACGGUAUCUGUAUAACUCGCAACAUUUUCGAAAUGGCGUCGUUAUUCCUAUCUAGUUUACUUAUCGUAUUAAUGUGAUUUGUCUUUUUUUUUUUUUUAAUGAUUAUUUAAAAUUUUGUAAUUAUUUAGACAAUGUACUCGUAUAGGUCAGGGUUUCGCGUCACAACUGUACUGUGAUAGGUACGAUUUAUGUUAACUGACUGGAUUUCGUCGAAGCUGAAAAGUGUUUUUAUUUUGAACUUUUUGUAUACAUUAUAUUAUAAGUAACUGUAAAAGGUCUUCUGGUCUGUUGUUGGGAUUGUUUGACAACGGUAGAUCAUUGGUAGAUCAUGGGUAGAUCAUUGGUAGAUCAUGGGUAGAUCAUUGGUAGAUCAUGGGUAGAUCAUUGGUAGAUCAUGGGUAGAUCAUUGGUAGAUCAUAUUAUGACAGUCUAUUUGACGCUUCAAUAUUACCAUACUGACGAUAUAUUGAUUCCAACGAUGUUAGUCUGUACUUUUUGAUCUUUCACUGAUAUCGACUGCCACAAAGUAUAUCCACCAACAGCGUCCAUAUUACGGUACGAUCUUUGGUUCAGACGACGAACGUUGACAAAAUGAAAAAAAAAUCAUAAUUGAAGUAGCUUUAAGUAUUUUGAAUCGUCAUUUUAGAAAUUAAAAUUAUAUUAGUAUUAAUUUGAACCUACCAACGAUUCGGAAUGUAGAUGCUGCAGAAAAGAAACGGCAAGAAAUUUUGCAGUUCAAAAAAAAAUUAUGUUCUAUUAACACAAAUAAAAGUUAUAAUUUAACAAACAGGAAUAACAUACACAUAUCCCACACAAACGGCUAUUUAUUACAAACCGUUUGUUAACAAAAAAAAAAAAAAACACUACAAUACUUAAUACACUACAAUGACGUCAAUGAUCUCCCGCUGAUCUAUCAUUGUCUCAAAUCGCAAUAGCGGACUUAGCGCCAAGAUUUCAUUAAAUGCUUAUUACGUACUUAGAACUUUUUAUACAUAAUCAAUAUAUUAUUAGUGGAAUUUGUAAUAUUUUUUCAUAUAUAAGUUAAUGUAAAUGUCCCCGGCACUGUGUAAUUUUGUCUUUUAUAAUUUAAUCGGGUACAAUAAUUUUUUUAUACGAAUUAUUUUGACGAAUUCCGUAUGUAACAUUGCGUAUGAUCUAUUGACAUUAUAAUCUAAAAUCACUGAAUAAAUUUUGCGGAAUAAAUAAGUGUCGCGUGACUUAAAAAUCAUUAAUAUAAGUAAUAUCUAUGUGUCAUUUUCUGUAAAAGCUAACCAGAGCUCGAUAUAUACAACAUUUUAAUAAAACUUAAGCUAAGAUAUACUACAAUACAAAUAAAAAUAAAAAAAUGAAAAAACCGAUAAAAAAAUCUGAUGCGCUAAAUUUGUGAUAUCUUCCCGACAAUCUUUGGUUGGUCAAAGUUAAGAUAACUGCUCUAAAUCAUUAUUUAUCAAUAUGAAUAUAGCAUCAAGCAUUAUAAGUGAUUAAAAGCUCAAGAAAAAAAAACAUCACAAUUAACCGUCAACUGUCAGGACAA